CGCCGCUCGCGGCUGCAGCCCGAAGCAGCGACGUGGCAGGAGGCGGUCGGCAAAGCCCGGCGGCUGUUCCUCCUCCGCUGCGGAGGAGGUGGCGAGGGCACUGACAGUGAGGCAGCAGGAUGAAGGUGGAGUGGUGUAGUCGACUUGCCCUUUGCUCCAAGACAACCAGCCAGACCUUUCUGCUUGGAGGAGUGUUCAUUGUGUUGGGUUCGAGUCGAAUCCUCCUGAUGAAGUAUUCUGCCAAUGAAGAUAACAAGUAUGAUUAUCUUCCUACAACAGUGAACAUGUGUUCUGAAGUAGUAAAACUGGUCCUAUGUGUAGUGUUGGCAGUCUGGAAUAGGAAAAAAGAAAAGAGUUGUAUGGAUCAUUUCUCUGAAUGUUUUUCCUGGAAGAAUGUAUGCAAUUCCAUGAAAUGGUCAAUUCCUGCCUUUCUUUACUUUUUGGAUAACUUGAUUGUCUUCUAUGUACUGUCCUACCUCCAGCCAGCAAUGGCUGUACUCUUCUCAAAUUUUGUCAUUAUAACAACAGCUCUUCUCUUCAGGAUAGUGCUAAAGCGAAGACUCUCUUGGGUACAGUGGGCGUCUCUGGUGAUUUUAUUCCUGUCCAUCGUUGCCCUGACUCGAGGAACUGGAGGCCAUCCGCACAACUUGGCUGCACAUGGAUUUCAUCACAGUAUGUUUUUUGGGCCAUCUAACCACUGCCUUCUCGCUACUGGACCUGAGGAAGCAUGUGCAGAAAAGGGCAUCUGUCCAGCACCAAGUUUCUUUCACAGCUUCCAGUGGAAUGUGACCAGUACCAUGGCAGGAGCAUUGAAGCCUCUCCGCCUCAGCCUGGGCCAUUUGCUUAUUCUAGUGCAGUGUUUUGUGUCUGCCCUGGCUAACAUCUACAAUGAAAAGAUGCUGAAAGAUGUGGAUCAGCUUGGGGAAAGCAUCUUCACACAGAACAGCAAACUCUAUGCCUUUGGAGUGCUGUUCAAUGGGCUCAUGCUGGCACUGCAGGCUAAGGACCGGAGGCAGAUAGGGAACUGUGGCUUCUUUUAUGGGCACAACAUCUUCUCUGUGGCUCUUAUAUUUGUCACAGCUUUCCUGGGGCUGUCUGUAGCCUUCAUCUUGAAGUUCCGAGACAACAUGUUCCAUGUUAUGACUGCUCAGAUCAACACUGUCAUCAUCACCACUGUGUCUUUUGUCAUCUUUGACUUCAGGCCUUCUCUAGAGUUCUUUUUGGAAGCUCCUGUAGUGCUUCUCUCCAUAUUCAUUUAUAAUGCCACUAAAGCAAGAGGCUUGGAAUACGCCAGUCUGAGGGAAAGGGGAAAACUCAUCAAAGGAGAUGCAUGGGAAAGAUCAAGUGGGGAUGGAGAGGAAUUUGAGAGGUUGAACAAACCAAGCAGUGACAUCGAUACAGAUGAAGAUUCCCUCUAGCAUGAAGCUGUCUUGGAGCAGUGCUAGUGCUCACAGUGAGAGAGAGCUAAUCUUUUAUUAACAUAGGGAAGAGUUGUUUUUCCCCACUGACAGACUAUUUGGAACUGUUUUGGGGCUGGAUGUCAAAUGUGGAUGAGGACAAUAUUCAAGCUGUAUAUAUGGAAAGUUGUAUUCAUUUGUGCCUGUCUCCCAGUGUCUGGGGAAAUCAAAGUCUGGAAUGCAGCUGGUGAAUUUUACAUGCAGCUUACGUGGCCUAACUUUGAAAGAGCUUGAAUAAAACAAAAGUUUAUUAAACAUA